CAAAAGGUAACGAAAUGGGUUCGAAAUCUUCAAAAUCUGUCACUGCAAACAAUGAUCCGUUAGAAAGAGCAAACACCAAUCUCAAUUUAGGUGAUACCCAUUUUAGAUUAGCAGAGUAUAAAAAGGCUAUUACCUAUUACAUUAAAUAUAGGGAAAUUUGCACUGAAAUUGGCAAUUUUCAAGGAUUAGCAAGUGCCUGUGAGAAACUGGGUUCUGCCUGUUUACAGCUAGGACAGCAUGAAGAGGCUAUCGAGUAUUUUGCAACAAGCUUAGAAAUUUUCAUUAAAUUUGAAAAUCACUCAGGAGUGGCAACUAACAAUGGCAAUUUAGGCACUGCCUAUCAUAGUUUAGGAGAGCAUGACAAAGCUAUUGACUAUUUCAAAAAAGGUUUGGAAAUCAGUGCUGCUAUUGGCGACAAGUCAGGAAUGGCAAAUAUUAAUGGCAAAUUGGGUAGUGUUUACCUUAGUUUAGGAGAAUAUAAAAAAGCUAUUGACUAUUUCAAAAAUGGUUUAGAAAUGAAUAUUGCCAUUGGCGAUAAGUCAGGAAUGGCCGAUAACAAUGGCAAUUUGGGCAGUGUUUAUCUUAGAUUAGGAGAAUACGUUAAAUCCGUUAGCUAUUUAAAAGAAGGUUUAGAAUUGAGUACUGCUAUUGGUGAUAAGCCAGGUAUAGCAAGUCAAAAUUGCAAUUUGGGAAAUGCCUACCUUCGUUUGAGAGAAUAUGAGAAGGCUAUAGGCUAUUUUAACAAAGGUUUAGAAAUUAGCACUGCUAUUAACGAUAAAUCAUGUAUAGCAACUAUAAAUGGCAAUGUGGGCAAUGUUUACCUUAUGUUCGGAGAAUAUGAGAAAGCAAUUGACUAUUUUAAAAAGAGUUUAGAAAUGCGAACUGCUCUCGGCCAUAAAUCAGGAAUAGAAACUAAUUAUGGCGAUUUAGGCUAUGCUUACCUUAGAUUAGGAGAUUAUGAGAAAGCCAUUGACUAUAUCAAAAUAGGUUUGCAAAUGAGUACAGCUAUUGGUUAUAAAUCAGGAAUUGCAACUAACAAUACCAAUUUGGGCAUGACCUACCAUAGUUUAGGAGAAUAUGAAAAAGCCAUUGACUAUUUCAAAAAAGGUUUAGAGAUGAGUACUGUUAUUGGCGAUAAGUCAGUAGCAGCAAAUAACAAUGCCAAUUUAGGCAUAACCUACCUUAGUUUGGGAGAAUAUGCCAAGGCUAUUCACUAUGGCAAAAAAGGUUUAGAAACAAGUACUGCUAUUGGUGAUAACUUAGAAAUAGCAAGAAACAGUGGAGUGUUAGGUAAAGCCUAUCUCAUUUUAGGAGAGUAUGAGAAAGCUCUUGACUAUUGCAAAAAGGGUUUAGAAAUGAGUACUGCUGUUGAUAAUAAGUCAGGAAUAGCAAAUAACAAUGAAAAUUUGGGUGAUGCCUACCUUAUAUUGGGAGAAUACGAGAAAGCUAUUGACUAUUUCAAAAAAAGUGUGGAGAUGAGUGCUGAUAUUGGCCAGACGUCUGCAGUUGCCUCUAACAAUAGCAAUUUAGGCAUUGCCUACCUAAAAAUUGGAGAUUAUGAAAAAGCCAUCGACUCUUUGAAAACUAGUUUAGAAAUGAGAACUGUUAUUGGUGAUAAGCUAGGAAUAAUAAAAACUUGUAAAGACUUGGCAAAUGCCUACCUUGGAUUACGAGAUUAUGUGAAAACCAUUGACUAUUGCGAAAAAUACUUGGAAUUAAGUCGCGAUAUUUGUGAUAAGGAAGGAAUAGCAUCUUGGAAUGGCAAUAUGGGUGAUAUUUGCGUUAGUUUUGGAGAAUAUGAGAAAGCUAUUUAUUAUUACAAAAAAGGUUUAGAAAUGAGUACUGCUAUAGGGUAUAAGUCAGGCAUAGCAACAAGCAAUGUCAAAUUGGGCAUCGCCUACCGUUAUUUGAGAGAAUUCGCCAAAGCUAUUGAUUACCUCGAAAAAGGUUUGGAAAUAAGUACUAUUAUUGGCGAUAAAUCGGGGAUAGCAGAUGCGAAUGGCGGUUUGGGCAUUGCUCAUAUAUUCUUGGGAGAGUAUGAAAAAUCUAUUGAUUGUCAAAAAAAGUGUUUAGAAAUUAGUACCGCUAUUGGCGAUAAGUAUCGAAUAGCAGAGGUCAAUUUUAUAUGA